AUGUUAGUCCGGUGUUUGUUGGCUGCGGCGCUGAUCUCCUUAGUUCAGGCCAAGUGCGAGGAUGGCGUCGACAACGUCAUCAAGUUCAGCGACAGCACAAAGGGUACCGUUUAAACUGCGUUCCCGAGUAGCUUCUGGUUGCAGGAAAGGGCAAGGUUCUUUUCAAGGACAUCGAAGUGACCACCUACGACGACAAGAAGAAGCCGGUGUGCACCAAGAGCGGAAAGGCGUUGUUCAGUCUUCCCGGCCACUUCAAGCUCCACAAAGGCACUGUCGAGGUCGUCGAGCCGCUGACCGACGAGCCGGAGCUCAAGUUGGCGCUCAACGUCGAGAAGGACAGCUGGAUGAUUGGCGUGGUGUGCGAAAACGGCAAGAGCAAGAACCAAUUCGUCCCCGACCAGCUAUGGUUUGCCUUUUUUGCCUGCUCAGACUUACAGCACAGAACAAUGCAAAUCAGAAUUCCAAGUUAAAGAGAGCUGAAACAAAAGAAAGUUUGAAUUUUGCAGCCAGUACGACCUCUGCAAGUUGGCGCCACGAGUUUGCGACUUGGCCAAGCUGAAGACUGGUCAGCCGAUCGACCUGACCGCGUUUGUCGGAAAAGAUCCCAUCGACAUUGGCGCUCUGCCGAUUCCGCAGCUCGGAGUCAAUUCAUCGUGAAAAGCUUGAAUCAAAGCGGAUUUUGCAGGGUGACUGGAAGAUCGGCGCCAAGAUUGUACAGAACGGAAAGACCUUGGCCGGUCUGCAACUUGGAAAUGGAAGACAGUGGCUGAGCAUCGACGUGAGUUAAUUUUGGACCGUUCUGGAGAAAACUCGCGCUUUCAGUCCAAGGAAGGCGCAGGUGGUGCGAUGGAUUUCACUAAGCUUCCCGGUCAGCCAUCUUUUGACCACGGAGAGCUGUAGAAAACGCCAGAAAAAUCUCGUAUUUAUUGAAAAUUGUUUCUGUCUUUCGUUGUUGUUCUUGUUUCACGUUUUGUCAUGAUGUCCUGGGAAUAAACUUUUUUUUUGAAGUUUUGAAUGGAACGCUGAAAACACGGAGCCUCUGUGAUAAGGCCGCAAAAACAGGCUAAUAUUUAAGUAAGCGGUCGAUUGCUCACCAGCUAAUGAUGCGUCUCCUCAUUUUCAUUAUUACAUUGAUUUCUUUGAGUUCUGUUAGCUCACAAGAAAAUCACAAAGGUAACAUCGUCGUCGACGUCUUCCACAGGAUUCAGGUUGGGAAGACUGAAAAAAACACUAAACGGAAAAGUUUCAGGCGUUUUUCACGUUCAUUUGCACACGUUGUGAGGAAGUUAUUGCGAUGGCCGACGAAGCUAUUGACAACGAGUCUUUGAGAAGAGUGGGAUCCAUAUUUUUUCGAAUGUAAUCAUUAAAAACAAAAUUUUUUUUUAAAAAUCGGUUUCGAAGAUACAAGUAAUAAAACUAUACAAUGUGUUUUUUAAUUGUUUCAAAAAUCAUUCUAUGAGAAAUAGCCUAAUAUUUGAGGACGCCGACCAACUCUGCGAUUCUUCGAUACAUCAGGAGAACCUACAAAAGUUCUGCAAAGACGUCGGUUAG